AUGGCGUUCUCUGCUGUCUUCUCCGCCGUAGGCUCUCUCGCGUGUGCUGGCCUGUCCGCCCUUUCCCGUCCAUCCUACAGGAGAAGCACUCAAGAGUUCCAGGAUACCCCCACUGCUGCACAUGCUCCUGUUCAGACUGGUCCUGCCCUUGCUGACGUCACCCCUGAGUCUCUGACAUCACCCCUUGACAGGGGUGCCAUCCGUAGAGCGAUUCUGUCCGCUGUUCCUUCCUUGCAGCGAGUCGACCUAAACACUCUGGACUCUAUCGUCGACUCCCUGCGCCUGAUUUCCUUCUCCUCAGGUGACGUCAUCUGCCCUAGCGAGGGCACGGGCGUCUUUGUUCUGGCUCAGGGCUCCGUCCUUAACCUCUCCGUUGAAAACCCUCUGGUUGCUGCCUCCGACUUGUAUCUAAGUGCAGGACAGGGGUUUGGGGGUUUGGAGCCGUCUCGUUCUGCAUUCGUCGCAGAUGCUGACGUCAUGGUCCACGUCAUCUCUGCAGAGGCUGUGGCGAAACUUGUACUCGCUGACAUUUUUGCCUGCCCUCCCUCUGACCGUCUCUCUCUCCUCGACGACUUGGACCUCGCAGAUUUUGAGGUCGUCAGGAUGCUGGGAAGGGGUUCCUUUGGUGCUGUUGCUUUGGUUAAGCACCUCCCCUCUGACCGCUUUUUCGUUCUUAAGCAGGUUAUCCACCAGGACAGCCCCAACUACAGCCCCCAGAACGAGGGUCUCAUGGCUGACCUCAUCUCACAGACUAACCCCGUUCCCUUUGCUCCUGACACGUGUCCAGAAUUCAUGUCCUCUAACGCCCGCCCUUUCAUCUGCCGCCACAUUCAGACUUACGACCACGAGGGCACCACUUUCUUUCUCCAGGAGUUUCUUCCGGGCGGUUCUUUCUCGACUCUCCUGGACAGGAUCGGUGUCCCAAGCAGCCACGUGGCGCGCGCGCGCAUUUUGUCUGAGUCUGAUUCCCGGUUUUAUCUCGCCUGUCUCGUGCUUGCAGUGAGCCAUAUCCACGGCACGAGGCACAUGCACCGGGACAUCAAGACCGACAACUUCAUGCUGGACCACCUGGGAUACGCUACCCUCAUCGAUAACUCUCUCGUGGUUAAGACUAACCACCGCGGCGUUGCCCGGGGAUCUGCAGGGACGCUCAGCACGAUGGCCCCCGAGGUCGCCAAGAGCCUGCAGUUUGGUUACUCUUUUCCAGCUGACUUCUUUUCUCUCGGCGCAGUUCUGACACGGAUGAUCACGGGGAGCUACCCCUACGACCACUCCGACAGGAAGCAGCUCCUGACCGCGCUCAGGGGCCCCAAACCCGUUCCAAUCCCCUCUAACCUCUCCCCUGACCUGACUGACCUCAUCACCCGGUUGCUUGAGAAGGACCCCGACCGCAGGAUUGGCGCGGAGAGGGGCCUGCAGGAGAUCCGGGACCACUCCUGGUUCCACGGCUUCGACUGGGGGGCCCUCGAGAGAAGAGAGCUGACACCCCCCUUCGUGCCGGUUAUUUCCUCUCCGCAGGACUGCCAGAACCUGGGCCCGCUCGACGAGUCCCUUGAGAAGAUCAAGCUGCCGACGAGCCGUCGAGGGGCCGUUUCUGAUUCUCAAUGACCCAGAACUUUCUGCCGAGUUGACCGACUGACAAAACGUUUUACCUGGCAGGGUGUAAAGAGAGGAGCGAAAUACUCGUGACCCACCAUUUGAGACGACGAUCUGUCCAUUGUUUUCUGGGACUGGUUACCGCGCAUCUUCGCAGGCAGCACACUUCACAGAGGAAAAAGGAACAGUACAAAAACGUCCCACAAAAAUAUUUAUCUAUUUUCUUAUUCUCUAGGACUGGUUUCGAUCACCGCGCAUCCCGCAGGCAGCACGUUUGACAGAAGAAAGAGGAACAAUACAAGAACGUCCAAGAAAAACAUUCAUCUUUUAGCUGUUUCCUUUCUUUCUUUUUGUGUAUUCCAUUUGACGUUUGCAGGUUGGAGGUACCGACUUACUCCGUGAGCCAAUCAAGGAACCGCAAGUGUUUACUCUUUUUUCACAACUAUCCCACGCAUUCGUCUAGAAAAGCUCUUCAAAAAUUGAAUCGCUCAGAUCGUCUUAGCAAUCAUGCAGUCAUAUGUAUAGCUAGCUGCAGACUUAGAUGCUGACUUGCUACAUCACAGGAAUACCGAUAGGAAUAGGACUCCGAAAUAGCUGACUAGGAAUAGGAACAGCCGAUCUCGCGAGGUCGACAAAAUGUGCUACCUAGAAGGAUAGAACACUAGGUAUAGGAAAUUAGAAUGUAGGAUAAGACCGAUCAGGGACUCACUUGAGGUUAUAAUUUGCUAUGAUUUUCAGUCGAUCG